CUAAACAAGAAACGUGUCUAUGGCAGGAGGAAGCGAGUGGGGGCGGCAUGGCCAGUGAGCUGAACCUGAGCAACGUGGGUGGCGUCUUUGUGGUCCUCUUGGGGGGCAUGGGCUUGGCGCUCGUGGUCGCCAUCUUCGAGUUCCUGGGGGAGUGCAUCAAUAUUUCCAAAGAUGAUGAGAUCCCGUUUGUGAAGGUUCUGCGACAGGAACUGAGGUUCAUCUUCAAGUGCAAAGGUUCUACGAAGCCCAUCCGCAAGAAGGCGUCAGAAGCCGGCGACGACAUCGAUGACGACGAUGACGAACACGAGGAGACCAUCUACGGAGGUUCUGACGUGUACUCCUAUGGCAACAAGACGCCGAUUACUUGAUUUGCAGACGUGGCGUCAACACAUGACGUCACGACGUCUUCAGGAAAGUCUCAGGAAGCACAAACUUCUUCAGGAGUUUUAAAUAACGAUGCUAUACACCGUGCCAAAGUAUUGCUCAAGUGUGCGUCCGAAGAUUCGACGGCCGACCUACAAGAACUAAAAGAAGACGGGAGGACGGACAGCCGACAGAACCUCUUGAGGACUCAGUCUUUUAAAAUGAUCCCUUUGCCAACACCUAGAAGUCCGGCACCCAAGCCUGGAUUUAGGAAAAACUCAAUUCAACCUGAAAUUAAUUUUAAAAUGCCGUCAGAAUCGCUACAACGUGUCCCUGCUUCUGCGCCGUGCACCCAGUGUUUAGCUGUAAAUAGGAACGCUUCCCAAGGCGUUGUUGGACCUGGUAACGUUGGAAAGCUUUUCAGUGGCCUUCCUUUUGGGCCCGUGCCCGACCUAAACCAUACGGUCGGCACUGCUGAAUACCACACAACUCUUGUGCCUUCUUUAAGAAGAUUCAAUCAUCUUGCUGUCGGAUCAACAUUACCUAGUAACCAGCCACGCAAUUCUCGUUAUGCUGAACCACUCGAAGGAACAUGGAACAGCAGUCCUAACACCCCUGUUCACGGGCGUCGCGCAUGUUCGUCUCCUGACCAAGUUGUGUCAAAUCCUCACCACAUUCCUGCGUAUCCUCCGGUACAACUUGACACUUCUCAUUGUCCGUCAGACUGUCCCAACAGGAUUGCUCUGAGCGGUUCCUACUCUUGCGAAGCCUUACCAACCAGACCACCCCUCUCAAACUCCCCUUGCGUGGCACGACGCCUGAGGUUCUCUGCCGCGGGCAGUCCUCAGUUUGUCAGAUUCCAAGAUGAAAGUUCGGAGAAUUUGUCGCAAAAUUUUGAUUCUGGUAAAAAGCAAUCAAAAAGUUUGAGCUUUACUGGUGCUAGUUGAACCUGAUUUCCAAAUUUAAAUGGUAAUUCAUAAAUAAAAUUCAACGAUAAUGAUCUCCUUCAGUUACAAACUAAGUAUCAAAAUAAAUAGAUAAUAUCACAAGAAGUACUACGGUUUUACUUAUCAAAUACUUGCUUCCAAUGAAAGUUGAGUGAUCUUCAAAUUUUUUAAUUGCAGUCGGGACUUAACAUGAUAUCUUGGAUGCGGUCUACAACUGAAGUCCACGGAGUUUAAACGCAGCUUUUAAAUUACUCUAGCUGUGUAACACAAGCAUCGCUGUAUAGAAGGAAUAUUAAAAGUGUUAUAUUAAAAUCACUUGUGGAUAUCGAAAACUUCGGAAAAUUUC